AUGACGACCACUGUCAUCUCCUCUCCUCGGCGAGGCCGCCACCCUCCGGGCCUCGUCACGGUGGCGAAGCACCUUCUUCGGCUGCUGGUCCUGCUUGUUGUGCUCAUCACCUCAGCCGCCGCUGACACCCAUGGCCAAGACGGGGAGGAGCCAAUAGGGGAACACGCCACCUACAUUUACAGCUGCGACGAUCUUGUAAUGGACAGGACAGUCGUUCGCGGCUCCGUUGUCUUUAUGGGCGACAUCAUCUGCGCUGAUACCAAGGCUCAAAGCCAACUGCACGCGGUGCGAUCGAUCCACGCUCCCACCAUGCAUGAUUUCGCCGUCAGUGAACGGAUCAUCGAGGUGGCUCAGGGCUACGGCGACGUCCUCAUCUUUGCAGAGACCAUCAUGUGGACCAAGGGCGUCAUCUUCGAAAUUCCACAGGACACCAGGGUCGACUUCGGCGCGGCUGCUUUCGUCUUCGUAAGCAAUGAGGACAACAUGGACGGCAUCUUCCACGUGGAUGGGAUUCUGGGGUUCCAUGCCGUAGGCCACGACUUCGAAGCCCCUGACGACGCCACACCGGAGGACCCGCACCGGAUGGUCCGCGGUGCCCCCGGCGGCACCGUGCUGGCUCUCGGUGAUGAGGCCAUGUACUUCACCGACUCCGCGGUGUUCGUAAUCGAAGAGCCCAGUACCGACAAGAACGACAACAGCAACAGCAACAGCGAGGCGGCCGGUGGCUCUCAGGGACACUCUGCGGGUCUCGCUCAGGAGCAGCUGGAGCGGGAGUUGGAAGCAAGCGGGUUGGACUUGGUCACGUACCUGACGUCUUGCGACGACCUCCCGAACGAGCGAACCCCUUUCGAAGGGAUGGUGUCCGUUACGGCAGACAUUGUGUGCCCCGAACCCAAGGUGAUCGAGAUCGCAAAGGGAGGCAGCAAUGUCCUGUUCGUCGCCGUCGAUGCCCUGUACACCAAGAACGUCCGCUUCAGCGUCCGGAAGGGCGAAAAGAUGCACAUCCGGGCCCCGGCUCUCACUUUCGAGAGGGAACAGGACGACCCACACGAUACGAUCCACGGUUCCCCCGAUGGCGAUAUCAUCACCUACGGCGUUUCGACGCUACGCUUCAGCGAGACCUCCGUCAUCGUCGAUGCUGCACCCGCCGACACCGACACCUACGACAACGGUAGCGACAACAACAACAACUUCGUCGGGCAGGGGGACUCCGCGGAAUUCUUUACGGUCGAACCGCAAGGGCACCUGGGGCCUUACGCCGACACAGUUGGUCCCUUGCCCGACGAUGGAACGGCGGAACUCGUGAAGGAGGGAGGAGCGUUGGACGUCGAUGGCGAGAUCCGCCAAACGGCCUCGGUCAUGAGAGCCGUCCUUGUGUUCGAUGUCCAGCAGCCGGAGGAGCGGCACACAGUCCCCAUCCGUCAGCUCGAUGAGACCGUCGAGCAGUCGGAGGAGCAGCAGAUAUCUUCCAUCCGUCAGCUCUUUGAGACCGUCCGGCAGCCGGAGGACCAGCACACUGUCCCCAUCCCUCAGCUGCACACUGUCCCCAUCGCUCAGCUCUUUGAGAACGGCGACAGCAACAACCCCCCAACCUCUCCCGCCAUCCGCCCCUCACCUACCCCAGGGGACGAGCACAGCACCGUUGCCAAUGCCGACACCGGUGUUAACUCCAACGAUACCCCGAAAACUACCGGUACUGCCACCGCAACCGAGAUGUCACGCCUAACCCCAGCGCUUGCCGUCGUCGAUGACGUCCUCCCUCUCUAUACCCUCGAGUCCUGCAACGAGCUUCGGUUCGAGCGAACGCCCAUCCAAGGCGUGUCUGGCGUGCUGCUCCUCGACGAUGAUAUUGUGUGCACCGAAAAACGGAUCCUCGAGGUCGACCACGACGUGAUCGUCGUUUCCGACAAGCCCGAUCUCCGCUUGAAGGGCGUGCACUUCGUCGUCCAUGAGAAGGUUUCGUUGACCUUCGUCGUGGCCACGAUGGUCUUGGAGAAGAUCGAGGGGGAAUCCGGCGAGCUCUUUACGGUGGAGCCGCAAGGUGUCCUGGCAAUGAGUGCUGACAAGUGGAGCCCAUCGCCCGAAAUCGGCACGGAGGAGGACGUGCACUCUCUCGUGGCCCUGAAGGGGGGGACGUUCGAGCUCGACGGUAAGGCCAGCUUCACGGCCUCGACCAUGACGAUCUCCAUGAGGAACAAGAACGAGGAGAAGAAGCUGAAGAACAACGACAACGAGGACAACAGAGGCACUUGCCAAUCCACCGUGGAGCACCCCUCUACGGCCACGGACGACAACCACAACGCUGCUGCCCCCGGUAAUGCCGACGCCGGUGUUAUCGACGUCACCUCCGGCGGCGGGCACGCGUACUCGAACUCGAUCUCCACGACACCAAGAUUCCAUGACGACGCUGAGUGGGACAAGCUGCCGAGGAGGAACCUGGGCUCCUGUGACGAGCUCGCCCUCGAUCGGAACCCGCCACAUGGCAGAGUCUUCAUCACCGGCGACAUCGUUUGCGACGUGAAGCGGGUGAUUGAAAUCAGAACGGAGGCGAUGAUAUACGCCGCCGUCGACGACUUGUACGUGCGGGGUGUACAAUUCCACGUGGAACAGACUGGCGGGCUGGGGAUCAUGGUGGGCGCCAUGACCAUGGAAGCUCUUGAGGGGGACUCCGCGGAAUUCAUUACCGUCGAACCCCAAGGGCACCUGGGGAUGUUCGCCGACAGCGUUGGUCGGUUGCCUGACGACAGCAUGGCGGAGGACAAACACUCCCGGGUACUCGUGAAGGCGGGAGGGGCGUUAGACGUCGACGGCCAGGUCCGCUACACGGCCUCGGGCAUGAGAUUCGUCCAUGAGUUCGAGGACCAGCAGCCGGAGGACCAGCAGAGAUACUCCAUCCCUCAGCUCGUUGAGACCGUCGAGCAGCCGGAGGACCAGCAGCGAGUCGUCAUCCCUCAGCUCGUCGAGACCGCCGAGCAGCCGGAGGAGCAGCCGAGACCGAGAGUCCCCAUCCCUCAGCUCCUCGAGAACGGCGAGAACAACACCCCUCCCGUCCCCCCUUUCUUGCGCUCCUCACUCAACCAAGGGGCCACGCACCACACCGCGGGUAGGGCCGACUCAGGUGGUAACUCCAAUGCUUCCCAGAGAGCAAAGAGGCACCGACGUUCCCUUUCCCUGGACGGCAUGCAUCACCUCCCGCUGACGGCGAUCGACUCGUGCGAACAUCUGCGCUUCGACCGGACCACCGUUCUGGGCAUCCUCACCAUCGAGGGUGACAUCGUGUGCGAGGAGAAGCGGACGAUCGAAGUUAGCGAUGAAGCUGUCAUCGUGUCCAACCGGAACCCCCUCCACUUCAAGGGCGUGCACUUUCAUGUGCACGAGAAGGCUUCCCUGAGGUUUGGCUUCUCGAUCAUGCUCGUCGAAAACCUCGAGGGAGACUCCAGCGAGAUCUUCACCAUCGAGCCAGAAGGGUAUGUGGGCCUACAUCCCACUGCUUGGGGCCCAUUGCCGGAGGACGGGACGAAGAAGGAUGCCCACUCGCUGGUGAACAUCAAGAAGGGUGGCGAGCUUUUCGUUGGGGCCGAGGUCCGCUACACGGCCUCCAGCAUGAAGGUCGCCAAGACGCCCGUUGCGAAGGAUCUCGUGUGGAUCCAGCUCCAACGUCUUCGCCGGCGGUGGCUCGAACAACAGUACCAGCAGCGGCUCCAGCAGCUCCAGCAGCACCGGCAGCAGGAGGAUGGCGACCGGGGCGCUUCCGCAGCGGCUGGCUCCCCACCCUAUGGGGAUGACCUUUCGCCCUUUUCCCCGGAGCGAUAUGCCAAGUACACCUUCGAGGAGCGGCUGAAACUGACGCCAACGUAUCUCAUGGCGGGCGAGGAGCUGCGGUUCCCGUCAAGAAUGACAAGCCUCGACCGCCGGCACGUGAUGACCGUGGGGUCCGAUGGCAGCCUCGUGCUCGCGAACAUCGCACGUUACCACGGAUUGCGCCGAGAAGUGAAAAGGGCGUUCCAUAACUGGAGCUCUCGAGCUGCUCAAAGUUCGGUGGACAUCUUGGCCGGCCUUAGCCCGAACUACGCCGGCGAGGACCGAGGCUUGGACCUGAAGGUUCUUGCCUCACCCGACGUGGUGCAGGCCAUGCGCUCCCACGACGACAGGCUCACUCGCGAGAAGAAGAGGCAGCAGCGGCAGCAGUCGGACUUGGGUGAGGCGAAGGAGGAGGCGGAGAAGGAGAGGUCGCCGCCGCUUCAGCCAGACUCGCCGGCAGCGGCUCAAGGCCAGGGGGACGGUGAGGGUAUUGACCUCCGGGAAAUAGACGACGAGAGCACGGCUGAAGGCUACUCCAGCAUCCCACCGACCGGCAAGGAGCAGGACAGAAACACGAACGACCACGCCGGCCACGCCGACCAAGGCACCCCCACCUCCAGCACCAGCAGCACCACCUCUGGCACCAGCACCACCGGUGGCGACCAGAGCAGCAGCAGCAGCCGCGAGGGAGCGGCGGACAUGCCGAAGGCCAUCUCCAGCACACCGGAGAGGUACUGGGGGGACGACGUCGUCCUCAAGGUCACCGACAUGGGAGACGUGCUGGUGACCGUCGGGGACCGAGUCGUGGUCCAAAAGCUAAACCCGAACCGCAAGGUCGGGUGGGUAAAGAAGCUCGGCGAGAGCAGGCCGGCGAAGAUGAUCAAGGGCAUCUUCCGAAGUCUCGGCCGCCGAGGGAAGCGCGACAAGAGCGACAACGACAACGACAAUGACAACGAGAACAACACCAGAGACAACAAGAACAGAGACGACAAGGGUGCCGUCCGGUCCACCUUAUACUCGCUCCACGUGGUGGAAAACGGGGUUGAGAUCCGAUUAGGAGGCGUGUUUGUGUGGGGGUGGAACGUGAAGUGAAGAUAGCCCACCAAGUUUACCCUCGGACGCAUGGUCCUUUUGUAUAUAUUUUUGUUUGCCUUUGAAAUCAGAGAUAUACAUCCGUGGACGUGUGACGUCAUACCAGUGAAACAAGGAAACCACGGGUUGCCGUUGGUAUUUCUCAACCGGGGUUUUGUUUCAGUCCACCCGUAUUGACUGUACACAGCGAACGAGCAACGGUGAUGAUUGCUGUUGGAUGGGGACUUGUUUGCUUUGGGCUGUUAGCAUAGACUAUUUCCCGUUUACAUUGUAUGACCCAUCUGCCCUACGUGCGCGUUGGUGGCCCAGUGGAAUCACGGUGCAGGUAUCGUUCUGAUGAUCGAUGUGCAUUGUGCCUUGCUGUGAGUCAAGGAGGAUGUUUGCCUGGUUUGCUGUUCGGGCGUUGAUUGGCGCUUGCCCGUCAUUGCCAUGGCCGCGGAAUGGAAGCGAUUUCGCGCCUGGGAGAUCGCACUUUUUGUUUGUAGAGAUGAUCCCCAUUUAUGCUCGCAACAUUAUUAUGAAUCGAGCUUGGCGCUUUUCAGCAACUUGAUGGAUAGUGCAGCCACUCGAGUUUGUGGUAUUGGGUGCAUCGUGCCUGUAAUGCUUUGUUCCCUUUCCCCCCUUUUCUGGGAGUUUU